UUCAACAUAAUAUGUACAAAUUAAUUAUAAAUUUAUUUAUAUGUACUUAAUUUAGUUUAGACAAACUUCACGCGAUACUUAAAACAGGUAUAAACACGCCAUACAAAUACAAAGAAGCAUUUGAAAACUUAACCUCAAAAAUAAUUAGUUACAAGAAAAAUAAGUGUGUUUGCAGCAAAAUUUAAAAAGGUUAAAUCUGCAAAUAAAAAUGGCUGAAAUCCCAAUGCGUUGUAAUUUACAAUCAUGUCGAGUAUUAUUGGAAAAAAAAGGUUUGGUAACUUCAUGUUCCCAUAUUUUCUGCCAACAACACGCUCAAAUAAGUGUAAAAGCUGGAAAAUGUUUAGCUUGUUCGACGGUGUUUAAUAAUUCAUACGAUUACAAUAUGACCGAUAUGCAACCUACAGAUCAAUACAAAGCGAUGAUUAUAACCGGUUUAAAUCCUGAACAAAUACUCGAUAUAACCGGAAGAUCGAUUUCGUUUUACACGUACCAAUUGAGUAAUGAAUGUCGUUUGAAGGACGAUUUAUUAAAACAGUCUAAAAUUGAAAUGGAAAAUAUUAAAGCCAACUUUAAAGCGGAUUUAGACAAAAUGCACAGACUUAGUAACGAUAUGAAAAAAGAAUUAGAUGAGAAAUCGGCCGAAGUGCAAAAAUACAAAGAUCAAUUGAUGCAAAAUAAUCGAUUGCUUAAAAAACUUCAAAUGGAAUUGUAUUCUUGCAAAAGGCAAAUAACAACUUUUAAGACUACAAAUAGUCCGCGUGUUGAUACGCCGUCGACACCGUCAUUAACUCAAUUGGGAUUAAAUACGGGAUCAACACAUAGAAGUGAAGAUAACGAUUUUCAAUUUUGGGAUGAUAAUGGAUCAUCAACUCCUUAUCUUCAACGAUGGCAACCACGGCCAAUAAGAAGAUUUAACGAUUAAAAUGAUUACAUUGACUAAAUCAGCUA